UUUGCAAAACCUUGCAAACGUGCAUAGAAUUUGCACUGUGUUUGUACUAACGCUAUUGCGGACUAGUGUUUAUCUUGUAUCGUAUACUUCUGGCAAAAAGAUAAUUGACAGAGGAACGUUUUACUGUAUUAUAUAAAAGAAAGAGGAACUCAACUUCACACAAUAAUUUAUUCUUCUCGUGUUGUUUUCUUACGACAUUUAUAAACAUCGAAAAAUUCGUAUCAUCUCAUUUUUUUCACAAACGCUGAACUCUUCGUCCACAAUGCAGUCGAUCACCUUCACAUAUCUUUUGUUCCUUUGCUGCUUCCUUGACUUCAUAACAGCCGAGUCAAUUCUGCAAGAAAUUUUGUUGGAUACACUCACGAAUACAACGGACAAAGAACAGUUGAAUGGCUUUGAAUUCCCUCCCGUGAAAUUCCUCAGUACGCCACAAAUGAUAGAAAAAGACGGUUAUCCCGUGGAGGUUCAUCAUGUACAAACGGAAGAUGGUUAUAUUUUAGAACUUCAUCGUAUUCCAAGUAAAAACGUUUCUUCCUUACCUGUAUUUCUGCAACAUGGCAUUUUGAGCUCCUCUGCCGAUUGGGUCAUAGCUGGCAAGGGAAUUGCACUUGCCUAUUUGUUGGCUGAUCAGGGAUAUGACGUUUGGAUGGGUAAUAUCCGUGGAAAUACGUAUUCAAAAGCACACGUUUCUUUGUCGCCGUCAAAUUCAAGAUUUUGGAAUUUCAGUUGGCACGAAAUGGGCAUUUAUGAUCUACCCGCGAUGAUUACGUAUGUCAGGAAUACGACAUCGCAACAAUUACACGCAUAUAUUGGUCAUUCAAUGGGCACAACUGUUUCUUAUGUGAUGACAUCGGAACGUCCGGAAAUCGCCGAAAGAGUAAAAUUGUUUAUUAGUUUGGCACCGGUAGCUUUUAUGAAACAUGUGAAAGGUCCACUUCGAUUGUCUGCUCCUUUCGCAGGAAAUCUUAAGUUACUCUUACAUCUUCUUGGUCAAGACGAGUUAUUGCCACAAAAUUCUCUGAUACAAUUUCUCGCUGGACUUUUCUGCGACGAGACAUCCAUUCAAAAAAGACUUUGCUCCAACAUCGCUUUUCUAGUAACUGGUAUCGACAAUGAGCAAUUCAAUACUAGUUUAAUACCUACAAUUUUGGAGCAUUAUCCAGCCGGUGCUUCGACCAAGACAGCGAUACAUUAUAUCCAAGAAAUUAAUCCUGGCAGAUUUUGCAAAUAUGAUUACGGUCGUAGGGAGAAUUUAAAAUAUUACAAUACACCGAAACCGCCGAGCUACAAGCUCGAAAACAUCAAGGCACCAUUUGCGUUAUUUUAUGCUGAAAAUGAUUGGCUCUCAGGCGUCGAGGACGUGAAGAAGCUUAUGGGUCUGUUACCCAAUGUAGUGUACAAGAAAUUAGUGCCGUAUCCUAAAUUUAAUCAUAUGGACUAUUUAUAUGGCAAAAACAUGGUUGAACUUGUAUACAAUGAAAUAUUUCAAAUCUUAAGGAAAUAUUGAGACCUAAAUAAAGUUAUAUUAACGAUGAAAAUGAAAAACUGUAAUUAUUAAUUUUAAUAAAAGUAUUAUUUAGCA